CUUGGGUAGCAGCCUGUCAACAAGAUGGCCUUCCUCUCAGCCGCCUGCACUCCGCUCCAUUAUUUUGGUUGUUGGGGGAGCGCAUUUUACUAGUCGGCCUGCUCCGCUGGCGAGCAGGAGGAUGGUCUCGCGAGUCGAGCUUUUUCGUAAAGUACCGAAACUAUAGUUGGCUUUAAUGCGGGGUUUUCCCCAGCAGACCGAGCGAACAAGAAGUAACAAGUAGUUAAACGUACAUAAAGAGGAUAGUAAGAGUAGUAGGACCUGUCCUCUCGCUGAGGAGCAAGGCCGGAGUUCCGACAGCCCCCUACGUGCCUUUGCGGAGAAGAGUACCGUCACAUACCGGGUGAUAAUAAUAUAGGGAGCCCGAGGUCGCAUGCCCUCCACCCUGCGGUGCUGCUGUAUGGCCAGCACUGCGAGCAUGAGAGGCGACGGACGCAUCGGCUCCCCAGCAUAAACGCAGACGGUGCGAGCACAGCAUGCUUCCCGCUGGCCCAUGAUGGACCGAGACACCUUCUCCCACAUCCGACUAUGGUGCCCGCGCCCCUUUGGAACCUACUCCCAAAACAAGCCCAGAGGGGGGGCCUGUGGUGCAGGGGCCUCCUUCUGCAAGGUCGACGCCGCGGGACGUACGACCUCGGAAGCGGCCGGGGCGGGAGACGACCAGGAAGAUGCCGGCUCUGAGAACACACCCCCUGACCCAGCCCUGCCCUCUAGUGCCCCUGCAGUGUCGGCUCCAGCCCCCUCCCCGCCUAGCGCCCCUAUGGAGGAUGGGCGGGUGCUGCUCGAUACCUGGUAUGUCAUCAAGCCCGGCAACACCAAGGAGAAGAUCGCCUUCUUCGUGGCUCACCAGUUCAGUGGUAUGGGCCUUCCCCGGCCCAGCGCCAUGAAGGUCAAAGGGAACUGGGCCACAGACUGCACCAAAGCCAAGCGGCGGAGGCGCUGCUCAUCCUACGACCCGCCGGCCCGCGCGCGUGACCCCAUCCCCGAUAGCGCCCCACAGAUCCCCCCCGGCCCUGAGGAUGGCCUCAAAGUCGGGGAGACAGACCUGCUGUCGGUCGCCGAGAUGGUGGCACUCGUGGAGCAGCGCACGGCCAUGGCACUACAGGGCAUGGUUGCUCAAGGCCCGGUGCCCCCUGGUUCGACCCAGUUGCGUGGCUCCCCACUGGAGCCCACGCCGCUCGUGUACCUUUCGGAACCCCCUGAAGCCCAGGCCCCAUUCACCUCAGCUAUGGAGCAGCAGGAAUCGCGGCGCGUGGCCCAGGCGGUCGCCCACUUUGAGCAACAGCAGCUGGAGAACAGGCUGCUCCGGGCAGGAAACGGGCCACAGACUGGGGAGAGUGACUGCCAGGGGGACAAGGGGGGCAGGGGUCCGCAUAGGCGUGGCGAGGUCAGGAUCGCCUUCCGGGUCUCCAGUCUGGAUCCGAGGUCUCAGUCAGAACCAGCAGGUCGGCCCAGCUGCAUGUUCAUGAGCUGUGGGGGCUCGGGGAGUCAGACGGGGGCUCGGGCCAAAGAGAAGAUCACGUGCGACCUGUACCAGCUGGUCAGCCCGUCCAGCCGAGAUCCGGGCCUCCUGCUGCCCACGCCGGCCAAACCAGAGCCCCAUGGGGACAGCCCCACCGAGCAUCUCGUCACUGGAGUCCCUGGCUCCGAGGCGGCCCAGGACUCAGGCCUGGGGGACAAAAAGGCAGCGGGUCGCGAGCAUGUGACGGGUUUCCAUGUGGAGGUGGUGGUGACGGGCGCCGUAGACCAGUGUGUCUUUUAUGGCAAGGACAGCACGGAGAACGUGCAGGAGGAGACUGUGUGCUUCGCCAUGGGGAACGGCACUCCCUCUACGGACGCCAGCGAGGACCCUCCUCCUGGACAGCUUUUUUUCCUGCAGUCCCCCCGCCCUGAAGACGAGGCAGGGGCUGACGUCGGGGGACUGCGCCCGGUGGAAUGUGGCGGUACCCACGGGUCCGCAGUGGGGGUGCCGGAACGGCCUGAUUCCCCCUCGGCAGGCUCAGAUGACUGCCCCGACUCGUCGUCCUCCUCGUCCUCCCUGUGCCGCCUCUACCGCCACGUCUCGCACGACUUCCUGGAGAUCCGUUUCCAGAUCCAACGGCUGCUGGAGCCCCGGCAGUACAUGCUGCUGCUCCCGGACCACAUCAUGGUGCACAUCUUCAGCUACCUGCCCACGCGCUCGCUGGCUGCCCUCAAGUGCACCUGCCACGACUUCAAGGCGCUGAUCGAGACGUACAGCGUGCGCGCCACCGACUCGCGCUGGAACCAGGACCCGCUGUACCGCGACGACCCCUGCAAGCAGUGCAAGAGGCAGUACGCACGUGGCGAUGUCUCCCUGUGCCGCUGGCACCCCAAACCCUACCACCACGACCUGCCUUACGGACGCUCCUAUUGGAUGUGCUGUCGCCGUACCGACAAGGACACGCCGGGCUGCCUGGUGGGUCUGCACGACAACAACUGGGUGCAGCCCUGUGAGUUGGUGCAGAGCCGUGCCAAGAGGGAAGACGGGAGCUGAUAAGCACCGUAUCAGGCCUUGGCAACCCUGAUCCAGGAAUGCCGGCAUCCAGCGGGUUUUCCAUCCUACCUGAUGAGUUACUAUCUGCCUGAGAUCAGGUAGGAAUGAAACCUGCUGGGUACCAGCACUAUCUCUGCCCUUUGUGCUGAGUCAGUAAAAUACACACUUAAAUUGGUACAAAUGGUCCUCCAUUGUGACAUUUCCUACACACGCAAAAACACUGAAUUACAAAGUAGUAUAAAGUUUUCAAAAGUUUUGCUGUUCCACAUUUCUGUCUGGAAAUAAAUUAAGAUAUGAGGUUGUGAAGCAUAUCAGCUUGUACUGUCACUCAAACCAUGUAGCUGGUUUAAAUGAGGUUGUAAUUGACAGCAUAUAGUUAAUCCCACGCGCUACACAUUCCUCCAAAUGCUAGUAAAAACAGGUCAUCAUAAACAUAGUAAAGACCAUCAUUCUUUUAUUGUUUUAAAUACUACUUCGUGGAGGGGUGGUAUAAUGCAGUGGUUAGCACUGUCACUUCACAGCUGUGGGACCUGGGUUCGAGUCUCCGUGUGUGUGGAGUUUGCAUGUUCUCCCUGUGCCAUCGUUGUAUCUGCCACCAAAGUGUGUGUGUGAUGUAAUGGGUUGGCACCCCAUUCUGGGUCAUUCCCUGCUUUGUGCUCAUGGGCACCAGACCUCCUGUGAACCAAAUUAAAGAAGGUGGACGGACCAUUUUUAGAGAUUUAAUGGGUUAACAAAAUUAAGUCAUUAAUUCUACAUUAUGUAGAUAUUACUAUUAGCAAUUAUGCUGUAAAGCUGAUGGUCCAUGGAAGACAAGAUGUUUUUAGCAGCAACU